AGCCACACUCAAAACUAGAGUACCGCGCAAAGGGAUCGGGAUGGCAAGGAGACUAUCGCACCACGUCGUCCUCCUCCUGGGGCUCUUGCUGACAGGGACCGCAACAGUCCGGGCAAACAGAGGGGGAGCGAUGCUUGAAGAGGAGAGGGAGAAGGGAAACGACGAGAGCCAUUGUGAAGUUAAAACCGUUACCGUUUCUACCCUUCCUGUACUCCGAGAGAAUGAGUUCAGUUUCACCGGCGUUGGCUCGGGGAGCGUGGCCGGAGGAGGAGGGGAGUCCCGGCUCCUUUUAUUCGUUAGAACAGACCUACCUGGAAGAAUUUCCGUUAUGGAUGAUCUCGACAACACCGCUCUCCCAUACUUCACACUGGAGAUGUCAGGUACUGGGGCAGACAUAUCUCAGGUGCAUUGGAAGCAGCAGUGGUUGGAGAACGGGACACUGUAUUUCCACGUGUCCAUGAGCACCUCUGAGCAGCUGAUCCAGACCACCGUACCCACGGCCCGGGAACCUGCUCAUGUCCUGCACGAACACAUGCACCUGCUGCACAUCUCUGUUAUGGGAGGCCUGAUCGCUCUCCUCCUCCUCAUCCUCCUCUUCACCCUGGUGCUGUACACACGUCACCGCUGGUGCAAGCGCCGACGUGUCCCCCAGAAAAGCGCCAGCACCGAGGCCACCCAUGAGAUCCACUACAUCCCCUCUGUGCUGCUGGGGCCCCAGGGUAGGGACAGCUUCCGGGGCUCUCGGCAGCUCCAGCACAGUUCUGUCAUUGGCAUGCCCAUCCGGGAGACCCCCAUCCUCGAUGACUAUGACUGUGAUGAGGACGAUCAGAUGGGACACACACGCACCUCCACACCCAACCAGGUCCACAACCAGCUGAGCGAUGGGAAAGUCUUGGGCUUGGAGGAGUAUGGCCCCAGCCAGGGGACACUGAACCACAGCCAGCACACUGACAGCCUGAGGAAGGGGGAGGACAGCGUCCAACACAGUCUGGAUAAAAGAGCCCUUGACCCCAAGCAGGAGACAGUGGAUGCAUUGAUGCGGCGGUUUAAGGAGAGUUUCCGUACUAACACCACCCCGGAGAUCUCCCACUUUCAACACAACGUCACACACAACUCUUCUACAGGACGCAACAGAGGCCCAAGCCACACCAGAGUGGCUGGUAGUGUGUUUGGUCGCCAAGGAGACUCUGGGUCAGAGGGUGAUGAUGAGACCCAGCUGAAGUUCUACACGGAGCAGCACAGGGGACGCCGACGCAGCAGAGGUUGUCCACACAGUCCGAUGAACAAAGCCACUCUGACGUUGAUCACCAUCACUACGUGUGUCCUGGCUGUGGUUUACGGCACACAGCUCUCCUGCUCUCUCACUGUCAAGGUCACUCUCCACGUGCCUGAACACUUUGUCGCCGACGGAAGCAGUUUUGUGGUGAGCAUGGGCAGCUUCCUGGAUGUGUCUAACUGGCUGAACCCUGCCAAACUGACACUUUAUUACCAGACGAACUCCUCCACCCAGUGGGUCAGAGACUACUGUGGCCAGAGGACCACUGAGCCCUGCGAACAGCUGUGUGACCAAGAGACAGGAGAAUGCAGCUGUCACGAGGGCUAUUCUCCCGACCCAGUGCAUAAACACCUCUGUGUUCGCAGCGACUGGGGCCGCAACGAAGGUCCCUGGCCCUACACCAACCUGGAGAAGGGUUAUGACCUCGUCACAGGGGAGCAAGCUCCAGAAAAGAUCUUCAGGUCAUCCUACAGCCUGGGUCAGGGUCUGUGGCUGCCAGUGAGUAAGAGCUUUGUGGUGCCACCUGUGGAGCUGUCAAUCAACCCCAUCGCCAGCUGCAAGACUGACGUGCUGGUGACAGAGGACCCUGGGGACGUCAGGGAGGAGGCCAUCAUGUCCACUUACUUUGAGGCAGUAGAUGAUCUCCUGGCGUCUUUCGGCCCGGUCCGAGACUGUUCCCAGGACAACGGGGGCUGCAGGAAGAACUUCAAGUGUGUGUCGGACCGCAGAGUCGACUCAACAGGAUGUAUGUGUCCCGACGGGCUGCGGCCAAUGAAGGACGGCAUGGGUUGCUAUGACUACUCAAAGGGCACGGACUGCACGGAUGGCUUCAACGGUGGCUGUGAGCAGCUGUGUCUCCAACAGCUGGUGCCCCUACCAGAGGACCCCACCUCCAGCAACGUCCUCAUGUUCUGUGGGUGUGUGCAGGAGUACAAGCUGGGGUCAGACGGACGAUCAUGUGUUCUCCAGAAAGAGAACUGUGAGGGGCCAAAGUGCCAGAGACAGGAUGUCCGCUUCAAUGACACCCUGUUUGGGGAGAUGCUGCAUGGAUACAACAACAAAAGUCAGCAAGUAAACCUGGGACAGGUCUUCCAGAUGACCUUCCGGGACAACAACUUCAUCAAGGACUUCCCCCAGCUAGCAGAUGGACUGAUGGUCAUCCCGUUGCCUGUGGAGGAGCAGUGUAGAGGAGUGCUGUCUGAGCCACUGUCAAAUCUACAACUCCUCACAGGCGAUGCCCAGUUUAAUGAGGCUAUGGGCUAUCCCAUGGUUCAGCAGUGGAGAGUGAGGAGCAACCUGUACAAAGUUAAGCUCAGCGCCAUCACCUUGUCUACAGGUUUCUCGAAGGUUUUGAAGACGCUGACUGCAGAGAGCACCAGAGAGGAGCUGCUGUCCUUUAUCCAGCAGUACGGCAGCCAUUACGUGUCUGAGGCUCUGUACGGCUCCGAGCUCAGCUGCACCAUCUACUUCCCCAGCAAGAAGGCUCAACAGCAGCUCUGGCUGCAGUACCAGAAAGAGGCGACAGACCAGGGAAGCAGGCGCGAGCUCAAGUCCAUGCCCUUCAUCAGCUACCUGUCUGGGCUGCUGAAGACCCAGCUGCUGACAGAGGACCUGGUGAGUGGCGUGGAGAUCCGCUGCGAAGAGAAGGGCAGCUGUCCGUCGGCCUGCCACCUGUGCCGUCAGGCAGGCCGCGAGCAGCCCUCGCCCAUCCCCGUCCUGCUGGAGGUCAGCCGCAUCGUGCCCCUCUACAACCUGGUGCAGGACAACGUCACUAAGGAGGCCUUCAAGAGCGCCACGAUGAGCUCAUACUGGUGUGCAGGCAAGGGAGAUGUCAUCGACAACUGGUGUCGCUGUGACCUGAGUGCCUUCAGCAAAGACGGCCUUCCCAAUUGCAGUCCCCUGAGGCAGCCUGUGCUCAGACUGGCCCCUCACCUAGAGCCCUCCAGCACCAUGGUGGCCCUGGAGUGGCUGGAUGUGGAGCCCCUGAUUGGCUACAAGGUGUCUGAUUACGUCAUCCAGCAUAAGCGGGUGGAGGACCCCUCGGAGGCAGAGAUCUACACAGGUGAGGUGUUAAGUCUGGUGGAUGACCUGUUCUCAGGUUUGGGAUCGUCCUGUGUGGUUGCGGGUCGGAGGAAUGGAGACCAUCCUCACUCUGUGCUCUACUCGCUGGUCUUCAAGUGCCUGGAACCCGACAGCCUCUACAAGUUCACUCUAUAUGCUGUGGACAGUCGAGGGAGUCGUUCAGAGUCUAGCUUCGUCUCAGUGCGGACUUCUUGUCCCAUGGUAGACGAUAGCAGAGCAGAAGAGAUAGCAGACAAGGUGUAUAACCUGUACAACGGAUACACCAGUGGCAAGGAGCAGCAGACGGCCUACAACACUCUGAUGGAGAUUCCUCCUCCGCUGCUUUACAGGGUGCAGCACCACUACAACUCCCACUACGAGAAGUUUGGAGACUUCGUCUGGCGGAGCGAAGAUGAGCUGGGACCCAGAAAAGCCCACCUGAUCCUGCGCAGGGUGGAGAGGAUCAGCCGGUACUGCCGUGCCCUGCUCCACAGCGCCUACAUCCAGAGCCGCACCGACACCAUGGCCUACAUGUUCUGUCGCAACGAGGAGGUUCAGCCCCCUAGCAGCGUGUGGCAUAGCUCCCUGCAAGAGACCCGCACUGCCUGCAUGGAGAAACUGAUCUCAGUACAGCGCAACACAUACGGCAACGCCAAGCUCCGAUGAGACAGGCCGCGAGACGACACCACGGUAGCCUCCUCCUCCUUGCUUCUGGUCUCUCCACUGACUGGUGUUUUUCCAAACCAGGAGAGCCCUGAAACCUCAACCCCACUGGACAAUGUUAGAAUAACUACUGUCAAACGCCCUCAAAAAUAUUUUUUUUAAUUAGAAAAAAGUGCUAGAACUGCUUGAAGAGGAAAGACGGUUUGUAUGUACUG